CCCAGGUAGCUGCGAGGAAACUUUUGCGGCGGCUGCCUAAGCGGCACGUCUCUCGCUCUUCGGGGGCCACACCGGCAGCUCCGUCGAGUCUCGGGACCGCUCUCGCUCCCACUGCCACCCUCUCGAGCUCUCCUAGCUCCACGCGAAGCAGGAUGGCCGGGAUCGUGCGCACCGCAUGCUUGGUGGUGGCGAUGCUGCUCGGCUUGGACUGCCUGGGACAGGCGCAGCCCCCGCCGCCUCCGGACGCCACCUGUCACCAGGUCCGCUCUUUCUUCCAGAGACUGCAGCCCGGACUCAAAUGGGUACCCGAAACCCCCGUGCCAGGAUCGGAUUUGCAAGUAUGUCUCCCCAAGGGCCCAACAUGCUGCUCAAGAAAGAUGGAAGAGAAAUACCAGCUCACAGCGCGACUGAACAUGGAACAACUGCUCCAGUCUGCAAGCAUGGAGCUCAAGUUCCUCAUCAUUCAGAACGCUGCGGUUUUCCAAGAGGCCUUUGAAAUUGUUGUUCGCCAUGCUAAGAAUUACACCAAUGCCAUGUUCAAGAACAACUACCCAAGCCUGACUCCUCAAGCUUUUGAGUUUGUGAGUGAAUUUUUCACAGACGUGUCUCUCUACAUCUUGGGUUCUGAUAUCAACGUGGAUGAUAUGGUCAACGAAUUAUUUGACAGCCUGUUUCCGGUCAUCUAUACCCAGAUGAUGAACCCAGGCCUGCGUGAGUCAGCACUGGACAUCAAUGAGUGCCUCCGAGGGGCAAGGCGUGACCUGAAAGUAUUUGGCAAUUACCCCAAGCUUAUUAUGACCCAAGUUUCCAAGUCACUGCAAGUCACUAGAAUCUUUCUUCAGGCCCUGAAUCUUGGCAUUGAAGUGAUCAACACCACUGAUCAUCUGAAGUUCAGCAAGGACUGUGGCCGUAUGCUCACCAGAAUGUGGUAUUGCUCUUAUUGCCAGGGACUGAUGAUGGUUAAGCCUUGUGGAGGCUAUUGCAAUGUGGUCAUGCAGGGCUGUAUGGCAGGUGUGGUGGAGAUUGACAAGUACUGGCGAGAAUACAUUCUGUCUCUUGAUGAACUUGUGAAUGGCAUGUACAGAAUCUACGACAUGGAGAAUGUGCUUCUUGGCCUCUUUUCCACGAUCCACGAUGCCAUCCAGUACGUGCAGAAGAAUGGAGACAAGCUGACUGCCACUGUUGGCAAGUUAUGCGCCCACUCUCAACAACGCCAAUAUAGAUCUGCUUAUUAUCCUGAAGAUCUGAUUAUUGACAAGAAAGUAAUCAAAGUUGCUCGGAUUGAACAUGAAGAAACUUUGUCCAGCCGAAGAAGGGAACUCAUUGAGAAGCUGAAGAAUUUCGUCAGCUUCUAUAGUGCUCUGCCUGGCUACAUCUGCAGCCAUAGCCCCGUGGCCGAAAAUGACACCCUGUGCUGGAACGGACAAGAACUUGUGGAGAGAUACAGCCAGAAGGCGGCAAGGAAUGGGAUGAAGAACCAGUUUAACCUCCAUGAGCUGAAAAUGAAGGGCCCCGAACCAGUGGUUAGCCAAAUCAUUGACAAACUGAAGCACAUUAACCAGCUCCUGAGAACCAUGUCUGUGCCCAAAGGUAAAGUUCUGGAUAAUACCCUGGAUGAGGAAGGGCUGGAGAGCGGCGACUGCGGCGAUGAUGAAGAUGAGUGCAUUGGAAGCUCUGGUGACGGUGUGAUGAAAGUGAAGAACCAGCUUCGCUUCCUUGCAGAACUGGCCUAUGACCUGGAUGUGGAUGAUGGUCCUGGAGGCAAGCAACAUGUGAAUGUGAAGGAGAACGAGAUCACGGUGUCUCACAGCCUGGGGAAUGUGCAUUCCCCACUGAAGAUCCUGAUCAGCAUGGCCAUCUAUGUGGCCUGCUUUUUCAUCCUGGUGCACUGACUUCCCAGCGCCCAGCACUUGUGCUGCCCAGCAGCACCCUGUGGUCCUCCUCCAUAAAGGGAACCACCUUCUUAUUUUUUUUUCUAUUUUUUUUUACCUUAUAUACCUCCUCUAGCCAUUAAGUAGAAAACUAACCGUGUGUUAUGUUUUCGAAAAUUAAAUGGUAUCUUUAUAAGGAAGGUAGAUUUUAGUCGUAGAGUAGAUUGUCUUUUUGCAAAGACAAAAAAAAAAAAAAAAAAAAAAAAAAAAAAACCUUCAAGUUGUGCCAAAUUAUUUUCUUAUGUUUGGCUGCUAGAACAUGGUGACCAUGUUUUUCUCCUCUCUUUCUCUCUCUGCAUGGAUUUCUUUGGAAAAAAAAAAAUAAAUGUUCAAAUAAAAAUUA